AUGGGCAAACACUCCUGUAAAUCUCGGGCCUCGAGCGAGAGCCAUACCCGGGAUUUUAGCUUUUUGCUCACCCAGACAUCCAGGCCUAAAAUGGCAGAUCGAAUGGCAGAGACUCCACGCGGUUCCACAUCGGCCUCCGAGGAGGAAGAUCCAGAACCGGAGGAGAUUCAGCCACACACUCGAAGUGGCAGAGUGGUUCCCCAGCGGCAGCCCGACCCGCAACUGGCCACAAAAACAUAUAUAACCGCAAUGGUGACGGAGAUUAAGGCCUGCAUAGCCUCUGAAAUGGCGGUCCUGAAAACAGACCUCAGCACUCUAGCAGGCAGUAUACAAUCCACAAAGGAAAAUGUCCGUGGCCUCGGAGUCAAACAGGACAUCACUACAGCCCAGCUGCAGGGGGUAACCCUCACGUAUGCAUAG